UUCGGAAUCAUCAGCAUUUCUUCCAUUUAUUACCAAAGAAGAAGGUAUAUAAAGAAACAGGUUCUUGAAAGGAGCAGUGGAAAUCCAUUUUCAAUAUGGAAUUAUGAUGGGAUUGCCGUUUUUGAAGACAUCGUGGAGGCAACAGAGGAUUUUGAUGACAAAUUUUGUAUCGGAACUGGAGGGUAUGGGAAAGUUUACAAAGCAAAUCUACCAAUGGGCCAGGUAGUAGCUGUGAAGAAACUUCACUCAUUUGAAGGUUCGGAUCAAUCUCAUCAAAGAAGUUUUAGAAAUGAGAUACAAGCAUUAACUAGAAUCCGUCAUCGCAACAUUGUGAAGCUUUAUGGAUUUUGUUCCCAUGCUCGAUGCUCGUUUCUUGUCUACGAGUACAUGGAAAGGGGAACCUUGGCAAACAUCCUAAGCAACGACGACAGAGCUAUGCAGUUUGGCUGGGCUCUAAGGGUGAAGGUUAUUAAAGGUGUGGCUCAUGCUUUAUCUUACAUGCACCAUGAUUGCACCCCACCAAUUGUCCAUCGAGACCUAUCAAGCAGCAAUGUUCUGUUGAAUUUGGAACUCGAGGCUUGUAUAUCUGAUUUUGGCACUGCACGAAUGCUGAUACCUGAUUCGUCUAAUUGGACUACACUCGCAGGCACUUAUGGAUAUAUUGCUCCAGAGCUCGCAUAUACAAUGAGGGUGACUGAAAAAUGCGACGUAUAUAGCUUUGGUGUUGUGGCGCUUGAAGUGAUAAUGGGAAAGCAUCCAGGAGAGUUCAUUUCCUCUUUGUCAUCAUCAAGUAACCAAGAUACACUGCUAAAGGAUAUGCUGGACCAACGUCUCUCAAAUCCAAUGGCUGAGGUUGCACAGGAAGUCGUAUUUAUUGUGUCCAUUGCAGUUGCAUGCAUUCAGCCGGAUCCAGACUCUCGGCCGUCCAUGCACAACGUGGCUCAAGAGCUAUCUGUUGGUGGGCCUUCUUUGUAG